CAGGUUUUAUAAGUAGUAUAGAUAAAACGUGAAACCAAAAACCCUUCUCUGUUAAAUCUUCCCUUUGAGUUGGUGUUUACAGACAUGUCUUUGCUCUCAGAUCUUGUCAACCUCUACCUCUCAGACACCAUUGAGAAGGUCAUUGCUGAGUAUAUAUGGAUUGGUGGAUCUGGGAUAGACCUUAGAAGCAAAGCCAGGACUCUUCCUGCCCCUGUAAGUGAUCCUCAAAAGCUGCCAAAAUGGAACUAUGAUGGUUUAAGCACUGGCCAAGCUCUUGGGAAAGACAGUGAAGUCAUCUUAUACCCACAAGCAAUAUUCAAAGAUCCAUUCAGAAGGGGCAACAAUAUUCUGAGACAUAAAGUGGCCUAUUGGUGGUUAUCCUGGACCAAAUCCAUGAGAAACGAGAGUGGUAUUGAAGUCAUCAAGAAAGCUAUUAAAAAUCUUAAACUGAGGCACAAGGACCGCAUUGCCGCAUAUGGGGAAGGCAAUGACCACCGUUUGACCGGAAGACAUGAAACGACCGACAUUAACACCUUCUCAUGGAGAGUGGCGAACCGAGGAGCUUCAGUAAAAGUAGGAAGAGACACAGCGAAAGAAGGCAAAUGGUACUUUGAAGAUAAGAGGCCAGCUUCAAAUAUGGAUCCAUAUGUUGUCACUAUUGUUGAGACAACCAUCCCCUGGAAACCUUAAAGCAUUGGACAUCAGAUGCAAUAUUUAUUGUUGAUUGCUGGCAGUUUGUAUAUUGGGUCAACCACUCCACAUAUAUAUAUA